AUGUCGAACGACAAUUGGGUUCCUACCUUACCUGGUUAUAAGAUCCAAAGUGCGAUGCCAACUAGUUGUCAAGCUCAUGUGGAGUCAGAUUUAAUAGACUCUAUAACUCGCACCUGGCGAAGGAGUUUGCUUCAACUUCUAUUUUGCCCAGAGGAGAUGAAGGCUAUUCAAUCUAUUAGCCUUAGUAUGUUCCCAAGAGACGAUAAAUUGGUUUGGGGUGCCGCAAAGAAUGGGUUGUUCAGUGUGAAAUCAACACACCAUAUGUUGUCUAAUAUGGCUCAAGCAUCUGCUGCAAACCAUGCUUCUAUUUCACGACCGCAUAAAUGGGAUUUGGUUCUAGACAAGGUUCGGAAUCGUAUUUGGAAUGUUGAUACCUUACCAAAGAUUAAGGCCUUUAUGUGGAGGGCAUGUGCGGAUGGUCUUCCAACAGGUGAAGGGCUUCACACUAGGAAGAUUCCAGUAGAUCCAAAUUGUCAUAGAUGCGGGGGUAUGAAGGAGACAUCAGACCACAUCCUUCUUAGUUGCUGUUUCGCAAGGGCUGUUUGGUUUGGGAGUUCCAUGUCAUACAUUCCUCCUACUGGCCAAGAUCCCUCAUUUCUUCUAUGGCUACAGAGCUGGGAGGACCUUUUUAGGAGGGACAAAAAAUUAGCCAAAGAAUCAUUAGCAAGAGCUGCAUUUAUAUGUUGGUAUAUUUGGCGAGCGCAUAACGACUAUGUCUUUGGCACGAAGGAAUGGACCUCUCAAGAAGUCAUUUUGGUGGCGGAGAGUGCGUUCCUGGAAUACCACAAAGCGUCAGCGAAAGGGUUGCAACACAAUACGACAACAACUCCUUUGCAGCCUCCACAUGUCUCGCACUGGUUCCCACCUCCAACAGGUUUUGUAAAGGUAAACUAUGAUGCGGCUUUGAAACAAGGUAGCUUGGAGGGAGGCAUUGGCUUGGUGUUUCGAUCAGAUGUGGGAAGGCCCUUACAUGCAUUAUCUGCUCCCCUAAAUUUCACUUCUGCACUUCAAGGUGAAACUCUUGCCAUCAGAAUGGCCAUUGCCAAAGCGGCCACUCUGGGAAUAACGCACCUUGUUGUAGAAUCUGACUGCAAAGAGGCAAUUCUCUACCUUCAGGGUUCUCUUAUGCACCCUUCCCUUGAAGCAGUUGUAAUUCUGAAUGAUGUAAUGCGCCUAUGUAAUUCUUUUACUGCUGUUUCAUUUUCUUCUAUUCCACGGGAUCUGAAUACUGUUGCAGAUACCCUGGCCAGGAGGGCCCUAUCUAGUGUGUGUAUGACAGAUUGGCCCAUUUCCACUCCUUGGCUCCAAGACAUGUUUGGAGUUCCAAGUCCCUCACAUGAUUACCAGAAAACCAAAAAACAGGGCAGGAUGGGCUAUAGGGAUUUUGUACAACAAGAAAUUUGUUUUUGUGGAGAUGAACAAUGUUUUAUCCUGAAUGUAUUUAGAAGCAGAAGCUAG